AAGCUAAUUAGAUUUCUGUAUAAAUACGAAUUUCAUACUUCGUAUCCUACUCUAAUCUCCCGUUAAAUUUCAAAUUUCAAGAAUUUCUGUAUAAAUACGUCAUACUAAUUAGAAAUCUAAAUAAAGUAUACACGUUCAAAAAUACAAAUAUUAGCUCUACUCGACUCUUCUUUUACAUUUCAAGAACCUGUCAUCAUCUUCCCUAAAUUCCUGAUGGAACGACCAAGAAUGCCCGUCGGGUAUAAAUUCCGCCCGUCAGACGCCGACCUGAUAGGUUAUCUUGCCCUAUACGUGGCCGGAAAACCUGUGAACUCGGAAGUUUGUAUACCUGAGAAGGAUUUGUAUUCCAUAGAGCCAUGGCAUAUAAUACAGAAGUCAGAAGAACGAGUCUACUUCUUGACAGCUCUAAACAAAAAGAGCCCCCUCAAUUCAAGGUACAUUAGGAGGGUGGGAGACGCAAGAGGAACUUGGAAAUCCCAAGGCAAAGGAAAACCCGUUUACAGGUCAGGUUGUUUUGAAGGCCGAGAACAGAGGGUUAUAAUUGGGUUGAAGAAAAGUCUUCGCUACGAGAAUAAAACAGUGCCGGAACAGGACGGGCAGUACCUUAUGCAGCAAUACUCGUUAACGGACAAGAUUAAAAGCGGCCUCAAGGGUUAUGUUGGGGUUGGUUGGACCACUAUACGGAGAAGUUGCCGGUGAGGUGAGAUUUGGAUGAUUUAGUCACCCAGUAAUUGAGAGUGUGGUAACGGUGUGUUGUGUUGUGCUCGAAGAGUAUAGGUUGGGGUGUGGUGGAAAAGUUGGAAAAAUGUGAAUGGUAAAGUUGUGCCGAAAGAGUAGAUGUAGAUCUUGUAGUCACUAACAAGUGAUAGGACUGUGUUAGAAUCCGAUGAUCAAGAACAUGGCUCGUGGUCAUUAAAGAUUACGAAGUCCGUGUAAUGAUAAAACAUGAAAUUUUAUAGUGACUGCAAGCUCAA